GUGCCCACAGACCCUAGCCUGCUGGUGGCAGCCCUGUUUCCAGUGCUUCAACCCGGGGGACACUACAAGCCGCAGUCCUGCAUUCCUGUGGAACGAACCGCCAUCCUCAUCCCCUACAGGGAUCGCUGGGAACAUCUCUUCACACUGCUGCCCGUCAUUAUCCCCAUGUUGAUUCGUCAGAACCUGCACUUUACUAUUUUUAUUAUUGAGCAGGACCUGCCAUCCAAAUUCAACAAGGGCUUGUUAAUUAACGUGGGCUUUCUGGAGGCCUUGAAGAUGGACAACUACACGUGCUUCAUCCUGCACGAUGUGGACAUGCUUCCCGCGGAUGACCGGAACAUGUACAGGUGUCGGGAGGACAGCCCCAUCCACCUGGUUGCUUCUCUGGAUAAGUUCGAUUACAAGCUCCUAUAUGCUGGUCUGUUUGGUGGCGUGGUCGGCUUCACACGGCGACAGUUCGAGCUCAUCAAUGGAGCCUCCAACAUGUACUUUGGUUGGGGAGCUGAAGACGACGACAUGAGAGACAG